UUUUAAAAAGAAUGUAAACUGUACAGAAGGACAGGUCUAACCCUGACUCAUUCAAACGUACUAGAAGGCUCUCCACAAUUGGGGGUUUGUUGGAUGAUAAUUGGUUUAACCGUUUGCCUUUGGGUAUUUUUAUCCCUUGUCUAAAUAGUGCUGAGAGGAUUAGGGCCUCUUGUGAAAGGGACUUAUCUCCAGUCUCAGACACUCACCUCAAACAUCCUCCCAUUCGUCUUUCUACGAAUUGUUCUGAUGGUAUUUAUGGUACUAGUCAGAUUUUUUUUUUUUUAGAAGAGGUAUAAGUGGAACAAGUUGUGGUCAUUUUUAGCUAGCUGAACAAAGGGUCACAAUAGUCAGCACAGCUUGAAAUCUGCACAUCUGAAAAAACCCCAGACCAGGUGGGUUUGUCUUCUGCUGUGGAGAGUGGCUCUAAACUGAUUGGACACAGCUGGUGUUUUCAUCCAUGACUGUGGCUCACUGUGGGCGACGUUUGGUGAAUGUGAUAGUCUGACUGUGUCUCAUACGUCAGUGAUGGGAGUACCAAACUCCAGAGAGUAUAACUACUACCAUGCUCCAGAUACAUCCUUUAAGAUUGUGUUGAAAAGACGAAACGAGCCACUCAAGAAGGAACGUCCGAAAUGGAAGAGCGAAUACCCCAUGACGGAGGGCCAGCUGAGGAGUAAGAGGGAUGAAUUCUGGGAUACGGCUCCAGCCUUUGAUGGGCGGAAAGAGAUCUGGGAUGCACUUAGAGCAGCAGCUCUGGCUGCAGAGUGCAAUGACCUGGAACUGGCGCAGGCCAUAGUGGAUGGAGCCUGCAUAACUUUGCCACAUGGUUCCCUGACAGAGAGUUAUGAUGAACUGGGAAACCGUUACCAGCUGCCGGCGUACACUUUAGCGCCACCUGUCAACCUCAUUAGGGAAUCAUCGAAUGACAGCAAAGUUUCUGAAUCACUUCAAAAACAAGCUCAAACCCCUGCGUGUCGACAAGAGUUCCAGCUGAGGGUACGGCUAUCGUCAGGUAAGGAUGUGCGUCUGACGGCCAGUAUGGAAGACUCCAUCGCUGAGCUGAAGAAACAGUUGGAGAAACAAGAAGCAAUUGAGAUAAUCCGUCAAAGGUGGUUCUUCUCUGGGAAGCUCCUGACCGACAAGACCUGCCUGCAAGACACCAAGAUUCAGAAAGAUUUCGUCGUCCAGGUGAUUGUGAAUGUGAACCCCACGGUGAUCACUGACUGAGGACUGAGACGGACUGCUGCAAGGUGAAGGAAAGACCAAGGAUGUGCCACAGAGAGUGGCAGGAGGAGCUGUAGAGCUUGUCAUUGUUUUCCAGUUGGUAAUGAUUUUUAUGUACAUUUUUUAUAAAUAUAUUUAAAGAAAUAUUUGCUUUUAUAUUGCUCCUUUUUGUAUUUUCCUUUUUCCAAAUGAAUAAAAAAAGCACUUUAGAUUAACAGUAACAGUAGAGACUUCAUUUACACACCUGGAUGUUUGUCUGUGUUUGUAUGGACUAAACUCAAAGCUUUUAUUUACUUAUAUUCACCUCAUUGUCAGGCUCAUUUGUACCAUUGCUCACUUAUUAAUUACAUUUAUUUCUGCUUGGAAUAUCCAUCUUCCUAUUUCCAUCUGUCUUUCUAUCUCCUCUUUUGUUUUAUUUAUUUAGUAAAAAUAUGUUUUCCAUUUUGAGAUGGAGCUAAAAUGGAGUAUUCAGUAUUCCAGGGCUAAGUCAUGCCACUGAAUUCAUUCUACGGUGUCUGUUCACCAUUGUUUAUUUCAAAAUGUGACCAAGGCAAUAAAAGAGUAACAUUUUAA